AUGAACGCUAAAAUGGGCAAUGAAGUAGAAGCAUUCUUUCGCAGCAGAUGGGGAAUAGAUAAGGACAAAGUGUACCGUCUAUUGCUAGAAUUCAACAGGUCCUUAAAUGACGAUGAUGAGGUAGGUGGUUACACAGCCGUUUGCGAUAGCGUCGUGGAGGGUUACAACGUCACCGACGAAAGCCUUCACAAAUGUUUUUGUAAGGGUCUUAUAAGGAAUUUAGUUAAAGUAACAAAUGGCAGCGAGACGUAUACAUACAAAGACACAAUGUUAGAAGUGCAAACCAUGAAGUCGAAUGCACCGUGUGAUAUAUUGAAUUUGUGGUUAUUAUUAUAUAUAUUGAAAUAUGGGGUGCAAGGGAAUGAUAUUCUCUAUGUAUUCACAGCAAUAAGUAAUUUAAGCGAGGUAUUUAACCCAAUGGAACAUGAGAAUUGUAAAUAUACAGGUACAUUCACAGCCGAGCUAAAGAAGGACGGAAGUAGUAUUUUCAAAGACAUUUAUAAAUGGUUUUUGAAUGAGGGCUCUAGGAACAUAGGUGGGGCAAUGGAUAACAGUACUGCAUGUAAUGAAAAAAGUAAGAAGGAUGACCAGAAGAGUGAAAGUCCAAAGUGGGAACUGGGAAAAAUACGUCCCGAAAUGAAGGAUAAAGUUCAAGAAGUUCUCGAAGUUAUAGAGGAGUUGCGUACCACAGUUAAAAAAAUUGAGGAUGAAUUAGCACCCCCUAAAACGAAACCGGAAGACAAUGACUGCAAGGAUAAAGGUACCUUAUGUGAUCGCGUAAAAUGCGUUACAGAAAGGUGGAAGAGCGACAGCAAGAAGGAGGACUAUACUGGCAUGUGGAAGGAAGUUGAAGCCAUGGUUGAUGAGCUUGCCAAAGUUAUACCGAAGGAAAACGGAGAGGUAGACAAAUAUUGCAGUGUUGCUAUAUGGAACGGUAAAACUACGACUUUUGCAGAAAUGGAAGCAUGCAGGCUUAUUGUUAGGGGGCUCGACCAUAUAUAUAAAAUUAAGACCGCCGGCGGAGGGCACGACGAGAAGGCCAAGAAUGACCAAAUAUUCCAUCGAACUAUGGCAUGCCUCCUAUUAAAUGCAUACGCAAAGAAAAUGGAAGAAAAGGCAAAGGAGAACGGUUGUGAUGUAAAGAAUGGCAUAGAACAUGCCUUUGGUGAAAGUUCAAAAAUUCAAGGAAGUGCAUGUAGCGAUGGUACAUGUGACAUAUGCCAACAGGAAAGCUAUAAAGAUUGCUUCAUAGACAAAGAUAAGGUAGAGGAUAAAGUGAGAACAAUAAGCAAUAAAGAAAACCCUGGAAGAAAUAUGUAA